AUGUCUGCCGAAACCGAUACCCUCAAGCUCUCCUACGCCUACGGCACCUCUCCCCUCACCCCUACCUCUCUCACCGAGCCUCUGAAGACAUACCUCUUUGGCUACCCCAUCGCGCACUCCCUCGCCCCUCUCCUCCACAACACCCUUUUCAGCGCCCUCAACACAAACUGGAACUACUCGCUCGUCGAGUCCACCAACUUCGAUGACUUCCUCCCCAAGCUCAAAGCCGACAACUGCAUCGGCUCCGCCGUCACAAUGCCACACAAAGUCAACUUCAUCUCGCAAGUCGACGACCUCACCGAAGAAGGCCGCAUGAUCGGCGCCAUCAACACAAUCUUCCUCCGCCUCGACGCCGCCGGCAACAAGCGCUACAUCGGCACAAACACCGACUGCAUCGGCAUCCGCGAAGCCUUCCUCCAGAACCACCCCGACGUUCUCUCCCACUCCGUCGGCAAGCCCGCCAUGAUCGUCGGCGGCGGCGGCGCCUGCCGCAGCGCCGUCUACACCUGCUGGAAGUGGCUCGGCGCCUCGCAAAUCUACAUCGUCAACCGCAUCCCCGAGGAAGUCGCGGCCAUCAUCGACGCCUUCCAGGCCGCCGGGUGCCCCGCAAACAUCAUCCACGUCGCGACACUCGCGCAGGCGCAGGCGCUCGAGACGCCCGUGAUCGUGAUCGGCACCGUGCCCGACUUCCCACCGAAGGAGCCCGGCGAGAUCCUUGCGCGCAAGAUCGCCGAGGAGUUUUUGCAGAGGGAUGUGCAGCGCGCGGAGGGCGCCGUAAAGGGGUAUGUCCACGAGAUGUGCUACCACCCGCACCCAGUCACUGCGUUCUAUAAGCUCAGCGAGAGUAACGGCUGGGCGGUCAUUCCGGGGACGGAGGCAAUGAUCCAUCAGGGUAUUGCGCAGCAGGUGUUGUGGGCUGAGAAGAAGCUGGAGGAGUUCCCGGUCGACCAUGCGAAUGCGGUCAUCAGGGAGGCGCUGGAGAAGGCGCGCAAGCACUAG